AUUUUCUAGACGGACUCGGAACAAACGCACACCGGACGCUGGAGCUGGAGGGAGAUUUGAGUCGGAGGCGCAUGGAGAACAAGUUGGCCUCAAACUUGGCUGACGGCUUUAGUUGUUGACUUAUUUCUCGCUUUAUAGUUCUAUUGUACUUGUUUCGCCGUCAUGGAAGCAGACAGAGACAUAAAGACGACACCGAAAGGCUUUCACUGCAGCCUGUGCAACGUCAACUUACCAAACUUGCCAAGCUUGGAACAGCAUGUCAAAGGGCGGAAACACCAGACGUUGAGCACGGUGCGGUCAACCAGGAAGUCCCAGGAGGAUCACAGUGUGUUUGUCAGUGGCAUCAAGCCUGCCAUCUCUCAGACUGACAUAACUGACUACUUCCAGCAGUUUGGGCCUGUUUCAGAUGUCGUCAUGGAUAAAGACAAGGGCGUGUACGCCAUCGUGCAGUUCUUUGAGACGGACAGCAUCCAGGCGGCCCUGUCCUGUGUUGAGCAUCAGAUGAAAGGCUUGAAGCUGCGCGUCAAACCCCGGGAUAAGAAGGAAUUCAAGUUGAUCCCCAAGAAGAAUUCGUCCCAGAACCUACAACAAGUUUUUGAACGUCUCAAACCUCAGCUGUGUCAGUUGGUGACGGUGAAUGCACAGAUGCAGCACGUCGUAGAGCGAUUUCAGCUGGGAGAAAACGAAAAGAAGGCCCGAGGCUUGCUGGUUCAACUCCUGCAGGAGAUUUUCGUAGAGUUUUUUCCAGACAGCCAGAUUCAGCCAUUCGGUUCAUCUGUAAACACUUUCGGCAUCCACUCCUGCGACUUGGACCUGUUCCUGGACCUGGAAAACACCAAGGUGUUCCAGGCCAGUUCCAAGUCCACUGCGGAGCAGACAGGGGAGGGCACGUCGGACGACGGGCGCUCUGAGGACUCCAUCCUGUCUGAUAUUGACCUGUCCACUGCCUCUCGGGCCGAGGUCCUGGACCUCGUGGCAACAAUCCUCAAACGCUGUGUCCCCAAUGUGCACAAAGUCAGCGUGGUCAGUGCUCGCCAACCCGUAGUCAAGUUCCAUCACCGCGAGCUUAACCUGCAGGGAGACAUCACCAUUAACAACAGACUGGCAGUCAGGAACACCCGCUUCCUCCAGCUGUGUUCAGGGAUGGAUGACCGGCUGAGGCCUCUGGCAUAUACCAUCCACUACUGGGCCAAGCAGAAGCAGCUGGCUGGUAAUCCCGGUGGUGCCGGUCCGCUGCUCAACAACUACGCUCUGACGCUGCUGGUCAUCUUCUACCUGCAAAACUGUGAGCCUCCCGUCCUCCCCACAGUGGACCAGCUCAAGGACAUGGCCUGUGAGGAGGAAGAAUGUGUGAUCGAGGGCUGGAACUGCACCUUCACUAGUCAGCCUAUUGCUGUGCCCCCCAGCACCAAUACACAGGACCUCAGCAUCCUGCUCUCUGGCUUCUUCUCCUUCUAUGCCAAGUUUGAUUUUGCCAGUAGUGUCAUAUCUUUAAGGAAGGGGUGUGCACGCCCUAUCAUUGAUUUCCUCAACAAGAAUAAAGAGGAGGAGGCCAUGCUUGAGGAAAACCCCACCAAGACCCAACCACACGGCCCCAAACUGGGCCCCCUAAAUCUCUUAGACCCCUUCGAUCUCUCCCACAACGUAGCCGGAAACCUGAACGAACGCACCCAGCGCAGCUUCCAGCGGGAGUGCCAGGAGGCCGAGAAGUACUGCCGCAGCCUGCAGUACCAGCGCAAAUCCACCAAGGGGAAAUCAUGGGGGCUUGUGCGCUUAUUCACCCCCCACGGGGAGGUCCCGCAGGCCAAAACGGAGCAGAUGACCAUCAGCAUCCCCUUCAAAUCAGCCUCGCUCCCCGAAGCACUGCGCAAUCAGCUGCACAUGGCGGGAGACGGUUUCCGGCUGCUGUGGUUUCAGAAGGUUUGCUCUGCUGUGGAGGGAGUUUUUCAAAGUGUUCUCAGGUGUCACCUCGCUCCCUCCACAGACGCAGAUUCAGUUGGCGAUGCCGCCGCAGAAAUGGAAACUAGUUCCGCUUCCCUCAACGCGUCAAUAAAUGACAGCUACAACAGUGUUGAAUCCCAAAACGAAGGCAGCCCGCCGGGUACGUCCGCGGUCGGUUCCAAGAGGCGGCUGUCUUCUUGCAGCGACGCUUCUGUGUCGCCUAAAGGCAAAAAGCCAAGACUGGCAAGAAGGGGCAAACCCGAGUGCCCUACCUGGAUCUGUGUGCAGAAGCACGUGGUGUGGGCCGGCAGGAGGAAAGUGAGAAGGGAGCUGAUCAAAGACACAGACUCGAGGCCGGAGGGCAGCUGCAUGGAGCUGGAGUCCCAGGUCACAGCUCGUAUCAUUGAAAAAGAGCCGGAGCUCAAGGAGCCCCUGGAGUUCAAGGUCCAGCCACAGUUGGUGGGUGAAACAGAAAGCACCAAGGCAGUGCUCAAGAUGGAGCCAACCAGCGACAAGACGGGAGUCUUUCAGGACUUCUUUCACUUCUUGGAAGUCUUCCUACCGAAGAUGGUAGAGACACUGCUGCAGAAAGAAGUGGGUAGCACUUAAAAUGGCACCUAUUUCACAUAUGUCUCCUUUUAAAUCUAAGAAUUUUCUUUGUUUUGAAUGAAAGGCGCCAUUACUGCUACUUUGUAUUAACCCUUUAGAGCGGGACAUGAAAGAGCAUUUUGUAGUUUUAUGUUGAUCAGCAUCGAUUGUUAUAUUUGUAAAUGUGGGCUUUGCCAGAAUGAUGAGUAAUGUUUUCAUGUAUAUUUGUACUUUUUUUAGUUUGUUUCAGAAUUCCUGAUUAAGCCCUACUGAUAUGUUUGAGACGUGGCUUGGUUUUAGAACAUUUCUGUUUAAAAUAAUGAUGAAGCUUUAAAGGGAAACAUUUGAUGUACACAGCAUCUGAUGCUGUCUUCAAAUGAAUAAAAAAAAGUCUUUGUAAAA